AUGUUUAGCAACGACGUCGGCAAUCCAGUUGCGCUUCCACAAUCAAAAGUGGUAAUUAGUCCGGCACAAACAAGUUACAAGCCAUUAGCCGUAACCCCGUAUGUUAUUAAUCCAAACUUAACACCUGAUGGACUUUCUGCUUAUAUUGCGGCUCCAACGGUAGCGAUUGCAAAUCAUUCGCUAUACACGCCUUUAACAACUGUAGAUGGUUUAGCAGAACCAUUUAGUACAAGGAGUCUACGUCAGAAUGUUCAGUUUUUGAUAACCAAUCGGGCUGAGAAACCGCCUAAAAAAAUUCCUGAUGAAAGUUUAAUGAAAACUUGCGUGUCGCCAGAAAAGAUUACUUCAAACCCUGAUAUACUAUUUUCUGAAGCUUAUGAAAAACGGUCGAACAAUGGUGCUCAAAGAGUUCUAGCUCAUUUAGGAAAUCAAAAUGUGAACGACAUGAAUGCUCCCUCGUAUAAUGAUUCUUUGGAAGACAACAUUCAAAAUGUCUACAACGUUGCUCAAACGUCUAAUAAAAAGUAUUCUAACGACGACUUAGCAAAUAUGACGGUUGAAGAAAGUCAGACUAGAUCAGAUCCUGAAAUUGAAGAAAGCAUAACUAGUAUUCAACGUGGUGUUAGCGAGAUGUAUAUUCACUCGUUACCUAAAAGACAGAUUGUUAAUAACUCGGCAAGAUGUUCACGUCCAAGAAAACACCACCGCAAGAAUUCACAGUCGUGCAUUUCGUGCGGCACAAUGUCAAAACGUAUGCAUUUGCCAUUGCGUUACGCGAAGCACACACUUGAAACUGUUUAUGAAGGCUCUAUUGAAGACCCGGAAAGACAGGAGGAAGCUAACGGAAAUACUAACGAGCAGAAAAUUUGUGAUAUGUACCUAUGGUGCGGAUACUGUUUAUUCGGAAACCACUGCCUGUACGCUGACACACACGACAGUAACAAGUUUCGAGAUUGGCCAUUUGAUGUAUAA